AUGUAUCCUAAUCCAAUGCAACAACAACAGUCAUCACCAAUGCAACGACCUCCUACAAUGAUGAAUACAUCGUCUAUACCUCAACCUAAUACUUCAGUUGGUAUUUCAUCAAUGCGUCCAAUGGUAGCACCAUUACCUAUGCAAGGAACAAUGAUUCAACAACAACCACCGGGAAUGCCUCGACCAGUUGGUAGUCCUUAUGGAGUUAUGAAUCGUCCAACACUUUAUGAUAAAAAUAAACGUUCAACUUAUACAAAUGAUCUUCGUCAACAACCAAUGAUUCAACCAGGACAACAACAACAGCAACCACCACCAAUGCCAUAUGGAAAUGUAAUGGGUCCCAGUCAACAUCAACCUAUGAUGUCUAAUACAGUUGUAUCUGCUAAUGCUGGUCCUAUUAGACAACAAAAAAAACGAAAACGUUUAACAGAAAAAGUUAUUCAUAAACAAAUACGUUCACUUGUACCUGAAUCUCAAGCAUAUAUUGAAUUAUUACGUCUUGAACAAAAUUUAGAUUCUGUUUUAAUGCGAAAACGACUUGAUUUACAAGAAACACUUAAACGACCACAAAAAAUUAAAAAGAAAUUACGAAUCUUCAUAAGUCAUCAAUAUCCAGUACGCUUUGAUUCAGAUACAGCAAGUAUGGAUGAUGAACAAAUACAAUAUUGGGAAAUGCGAGUCGAAGGUCGUUUACUUGAUGAUUCUAAUACAACUAAAUAUGAUCAAGGAAAAGCAAAACGUAAAUUUUCAUCAUUUUUUCGAAGUCUUGUUAUUGAAUUAGAUAAAGAUUUAUAUGGACCAGAUAAUCAUCUUGUUGAAUGGCAUCGAACGAAUGCUACAGCUGAAACAGAUGGGUUUCAAGUUCGUCGUCCUGGCGAUCAAAAUGUUAAAUGUACAAUUUUAAUGGUUCUUGAUCAUUCACCACCACAAUUUCGACUUGAUGCUCGUCUUGCUCGUUUACUUUCCAUAAGUAAUGGAACACGUCAGACAAUUAUACAUGCAAUAUGGCAAUAUAUUAAAACACAUAAAUUACAAGAUUCCGAAGAAAGAGAAUUUAUUAAUUGUGAUACACAUCUACAAUCAAUAUUUGAUUGUUCUCGUCUACGUUUUUCUGAUUUACCAAGUAAACUAAAUAAACUUAUUCUUCCAUCAGAACCUAUUAUUAUCAAUCAUACACUUUGUUUGGGUACUGAUCCAAAAAAACAUGCUUGUUAUGAUAUUGAUGUUGAAGUCGAUGAUCCAGCUCGAGAUUUAAUGCGAACAUUUCUUUCACCACAAAAUACACAUGAAUUAGAAGAAUUAGAUGGCAAAAUACUUCAAUAUAUCGAUAGUAUCAAUCAAUUAAAACAAAGUCGUGAAUUUUAUCUUUCGUUUGCUGAUGAUCCCCAAGGUUUUAUAUGUAAAUGGUUAGCAUCACAAUCUCGUGAUCUUAAAAUGAUGACUGAUUCAUCAACUGGAAAUACUGAAGAAGAACGACGUGCUGAUUAUUAUACUGAACAAUGGUCAUAUGAAGCAGUUAGUCGAUAUUUCUAUAAUAAAGUUCAACAGAAACGUGCUGAAUUAGAACAAGCACUUGGUAUUCGUAAUCCAUAA